UGACCCCUCCUCCCCUCCCCCAGCAUUUUCCUGACGGCCGCCCUGGGCCUGCCCGAGGCUCUGAUCCCGGUGCAGCUGCUCUGGGUCAACCUGGUCACCGAUGGUCUCCCGGCCACCGCCCUGGGCUUCAACCCCCCGGACCUGGACAUCAUGGACAAACCUCCCAGGAGCCCCAAGGAGCCGCUCAUCUCCGGAUGGCUCUUCUUCCGCUACCUGGCCAUCGGUGGUUACGUCGGGGCCGCCACGGUGGGAGCGGCCGCCUGGUGGUUCCUCUUCGCUGAGGAUGGACCCAACGUCAGCUACCACCAGCUGACCCAUUUCAUGCAGUGCUCCGAGCACAACGUGGAGUUCGAGGGGUUGGACUGUGACAUCUUCGAGUCUCCGGUGCCGAUGACGAUGGCGCUGUCGGUGCUGGUGACCAUCGAGAUGUGCAACGCCCUCAACAGCCUGUCGGAGAACCAGUCCCUGGCCCGGAUGCCACCAUGGGUGAACAUCUGGCUGAUGGGCUCCAUCUGCCUGUCCAUGUCCCUGCACUUCGUCAUCCUCUACAUCGACCCCCUGCCCGUAAGGGGACACCGGGGACACCACGGGUGGUGGCCACGGGGACCUUGGG